AUGCCAGGUACCGUCGGUGCUCUGGAACAAGUAAGAAGGCCUCAGGCAGAUGAUGGCAUGAGACAGGGUCUGCGAAGAGGGAUUGCUCUUGCGCUACAGCACGUUGGAUUCGACUCUGCAACUGAAGAAUCCUUGGAGAGUUUCACCGCAACUGUCGAGACAUACCUGGCUACCUUCAUUGAACACACCAAGGUCAUUGCGGAAGCUUCACGCAGAGAAUACCCAACACCUGCCGACUUUGAGACUGUGCUUCGACGCCACAAUAUACCUAUCUCUUUCCUGAAGCCACACCUCAAGAACCCAGUAGCGAGGGAGAAGCUGGAGCCGGACUACUACGACCCGAUCCCAAUCCCCGAGAACGCAGAUUACUUCCGAGCGGAAACGAUAGACUUUCUAGGCGAGGAGCUUGAUGGCAACGAUGACAGAAAGGAUAAGCCUUGGAUCCCCAAAACAAUGCCUGCUUUCCCCAGCAAGCACACAUACAAGUCUACCAUGGUAGAGGCUCCUUCUCAGGAUACGCAGAAGAAACGGGCCGAGGCAUCAGCGGACGCAAGGAAGGGCGAAAAGGCGCUGAGACGUAUUGAUCGAGCCGCUAAGAUCAGCCGCCAUAAAGAAGCCAAGGAGAUAUCGAAGCGCAACCCACUGAGCAAGGAACGGUACACUUAUUGGGAGGACAUGAUGAAGGUGUAUUCCCCGCGAGAUGCAUCCUCCAGCGACAUAACGCAGGAAAUCGCAGAUCAUAGUGUGAUCGUGGAUUACACACUGCCGUUUGCCAGGAAGGAGCUUCCAAGAGUGAGCACCAGAGGCACUGCGUGA